AUGGCUUCGGACGCCAAAGAUAAAGACACUAUCGUCUUCUUCCAUCCUGAUCUUGGCAUUGGAGGUGCUGAGCGCCUUGUCGUCGAUGCUGCAGUCGGGUUGCAGGAGAGGGGACAUCGGGUCGUGAUAUUUACCAAUCACUGCGAUCCGAAGCAUUGCUUUGAUGAGUGUCGUGAUGGAACCCUCGAUGUUCGUGUUCGUGGCCACUGGCUCAUCCCAAUGUCUAUCCUCUCACGCCUCACAAUCCUCUGCGCCAUCCUUCGUCACGUCCAUCUUCUCAUCCACAUUGCUCUGACCGGCGAACUACAAGCCCUACGACCCCGCGCCUUUAUCGCCGAUCAGCUCUCCGCCGGCCUCCCUCUCAUGCGUUACAUCGCUCCAUCCUCACCCAUCCUCUUCUACUGCCAUUUCCCCGAUCUUCUCCUCGCGCAAGGCCGCGAAUCUGCCCUCAAGCGCUUGUACCGACGUCCGUUUGACUGGCUUGAGGAAUGGACUAUGGGUUUUGCGAGCGCUGUGGCUGUGAAUUCAGGUUUUACAAAGGGCGUGGUUAACAAUACGUGGCCGAAUUUGAAGAAGCGUACGGAAACGAAGGUGGUGUAUCCUUGUGUGGAUACGGAAGUCAGGGAGAAGGAGGAUGUUGGCAGUGAUGGUGAUGUUCCGUUCAAGGGGGAGAAGAUUAUUCUCAGUAUCAACCGUUUUGAGAGGAAGAAGGAUAUUGGUCUUGCGAUCAAGGCCUUUGCUGCCAUUCCUGAAGCUGAGCGCAAGGGGUGCAGGCUCAUUCUUGCAGGCGGCUACGAUCCUCGCGUCGCUGAAAACGUACAAUAUCACUCUGAGCUUGAGGCUCUCGCCUCUUCCUACGGUCUCGAACACCUCACCACAAAGACCCUUAUUACCGCUCUAUCUGCACCUGCAACCGUUCCCGUUCUCUUCCUCCUCUCGAUCCCCAACUCCCUCAAGGCAUCGCUGCUCCGCUCGGCACGCAUUCUUCUUUACACACCCGCCAACGAGCACUUCGGCAUCGUCCCCCUAGAAGCCAUGCUCGCCCGUACACCAGUACUAGCUGCCGACUCAGGUGGCCCCGUAGAAACAAUCGUUGAUGGCAAGACGGGAUGGCUACGAUCGCCAAAGGACGUAGAUGCCUGGGCUGAUGUCGUGCGCAGUGCGCUGAAACUUAGCGAUGCUGAUUUGCAGAAGAUGGGCGACAAGGGUGCUGCGAGAGUGAAGGACUUGUUUGGGCGAGAGCAGAUGGCCAAGCGCUUUGAUGAGAUCCUGGUUGAUAUCAUCAGCAAGAAACCCCCGGUAUCUGCCAUGCGAACAGUCGUCAACGCCGCUGGAGUCUUAGUGGUCUGUGUUUUGGGACUGGUGGUAUCAGCACUCCUUGCUAGCAAAAAGGAAGAGGUAGUAUCGGAAUUUGCCGUUUAG